UCAUUUCAUAGAGGCCAGGGAGGAAGGCAGAGGGGACUACACUGGGAUAUCUUGUUUUCCUCUUUCCAAGUAGCUGGGAUUCUUAUGUAAUUCUAUUCAUCUCCACACAAGCUACACUGGACAUCGGCAGCCUGCUCUUCUAUAGCAGAGGAACUAGUUACUUAUAGAGCUUCAUUGCCUGUGAAAUUAGGGGGCAUCAAGGCACAAACCAAGAUAUCAUUAUCACUAGAGGAAACAAAAAACCAUGCUUGGCACAAUAACCUUAACCGUGGUAGAAGAAGUUUCAACACCAAAUGAAGGGCCAGUGGAAAACAUGGAGGUUAUUCCCAGUGAAGCUACUCCAAAAACUGAAAUAAAGGAACAGGGCCAGGAUGAAGCUCCAGAAGCCACAAAUGCAACUUCAGAAUCACCAGAAGAAUCACCAGAGCAAGCCAAUGAAACCCAGUCCAAUGAAGUUGGGUUUAAAAAAGUUUUCAAAUUUGUGGGCUUCAAAUUCACCGUGAAAAAGGAUAAGGUUGAAAAAUCUGAACCUGUACAGCUGUUAACUGUGAAACAGGAGAAAGUGGAAGUAAAUGGAACAGAAAAUCAUGAAAAGCAAAAUGAUGUUAGUGAUGAAAAUGUGCUGGAAACAGAAGACACCAAAGAAGUAGAGAAACAAUCAGAAACAGAUCCAAUAAUUCAAACAUCUAAGACUCAAGAAGAGGUAUCUGGGGAAAAGCCAAAGAGUGAAGAAGAAACUAAAUUAGAAGAAGAGCAGGUAAAGACACCAGAAUCGCCAACCAACCCACUUGUUGCGGAAACAUCUUCCCCGCUAAAGAAAUUUUUUACACAGGGUUGGGCUGGCCUAAGAAAAAAAACAAGUUUCAGAAAGUCGAAGGAAGAGGAUCAUCAGGAAGUAGAAAAAUAUAUCAUAAGUGAAGAAAAGGAAAAAUCUGAUUCUCAACAAGUCAAAGAGGAAGAUGGGGAGAACCAAAUAAUAGUAAAUGGUGAGACUUUACCAAAGGAAGCAAAUGAAAUUGAAGAAUCAAAGGCAUGUAUAGAUAAGGAAACUCAGCCCAGUGCAAAAGAAUUAGCAAAGCCAGAAGAAUGCCCAACUGAUCAACUGUCAGUUCUUAAAGAAGACAUUAAACUAGAAAAUGCAGACAUAUGUGAAGUACCUGUAACAGAAAGUAUACAAACUUCUGCUGAAGCAGUUCAUGUUUCUGUGCCAACUGAGGUCAGUGAACAGAAGAAAGAAGUUGACACUACAGAAGAUAAUGAUGUAAACAAAGUAACAGUGGUCAGCACUUCUACUGCUACUUCAGAGGAAGUAAAGGAGCCACUUUCAGAAAUGGCACCAGACACUGAAGUCAUCUGUGACAAAGAUAACAAGGACACAGAUACUAAACUGGCCCAGACAGCUACACUCAUAGAGAGCACAGAAGUUGAAAUAUGUCUGGAGCCUAUAAUGACAGAAACUGAACUGUUGUCCUCACAAGAAAAAGCUAAACUUCAAGGUAGCCCUUUACGAAAGCUUUUCAGUGGAAGUGGUUUAAGAAAACUCUCUGGGAAGAAGAAUAAAGGAAAGAAAGAAGAUGACACUAAAGCAGAGAAUACUACAGAAGUACCGGUAUCAUCGGACAUUCCUGAAAGUGAUGGAGAUAACACCUCACCCUCUUCUCCUGAGGAUUCAGCAGAGACCUCACCCACAGAAAAAGGGGCAGAAGAUGCUACCCAGGCAGUAGAAACAGAAGGUGAUGGGGCCACAUCUGAUGGGGAGAGAAAAAGAGAGGGUAUUACACCAUGGGCAUCAUUUAAAAAACUAGUCACUCCUAAAAAGCGGCCAAAAAGACCUUCAGAAAGUGAUAAAGAAGAAGAAGUUGAAAAGAUUAAGACCUCUACUAUGUCCUCUACUGAUAGUGCUGGUUCAGUUGAGAAUCAAGAAGAAGCCAAAGAAAAUGGCGAAGAACAAAAACUUGAAAAGAGUACAGAAGAAAAUAAGAAAAAAGUUGACAACUCAGUGUCAUGGGAAGCAUUAAUUUGUGUUGGCUCUGCUAAGAAAAGAGCAAGAAAGACAUCUGAUUCAGAUGAUGAAACACAAAAAAACAUUGACGAGAAUAAAAAAAUAGAGGAAGAAGUUGAUAAAAGUAAAGAGCAUGAAUCAGAAGAUCCUAUUGUUAGCUCACAAGAAAAGGAACAAGUAAAUGAUAUCCCCUCACCUGACCAAUCAACAAGCCCUACUGAAGGAGAUGGGGGAUCAACUUGGCAGUCCUUUAAAAGACUGGUUAUUCCAAGGAGAAAAUCAAGAACAAGGGCAGAGGAGAAAACUGAAGAAACAACUGCAGUGUCCAAUACUGAGCAGCCAACUUCAGAUGGAGAAACUGGAAAGGAAGAAGGAUGGGUGUCAUUUAAAAAAUUAAUUCCUGGGCGUAAAAAGAAAAAGUCAGAUGGCAAACAGGAACCAGCUACAAUAAGUGAUACUGGAAAAUCAACAGAAGGAUGUGAGGCAAUGGAAGAUGAUGCUGAUGUACCGGCAGUAGUUCCACUGUCUGAGUUUGAUGCAGCUGAGCAGGAAAAGCGGGAAGCUCAGCAGAAGGAAGACACUUUGAAUGAUGUCUCAAAAGAUGAAGUGAAAACACCAGAGGUUAACUCAGAAGGCCUUAUUCAUGCAAUUACUGUAACUGUUGUUGAGGGAGAGAGAGCUGUUACCAGUCUGGAAGACAGGGCUCCCUCUUGGAUAAGUGCAAAUGUUACAGAAACUGUUGAGCAAGCAAAUGAACUUACAGAGCCUAAUACCAAAGAAAGAAUAAAGUCUGAAAUUACAGUAGAAGAAGCUUUUAUUUUUGGUGAAGUUUCACAGAUGGUAGGAUCAGGAAACACUAUAAUUAAUGAGGUGGAGUUAACUUCAGAAGCUCUAACUGCUCUCGAAGAAGCAAUUGAAUAUUCAUGUGCAGAAGAGACAACUGAAAUGAUAUCUGCUGCUUCACAGUUAGACGACUCCUUUACACCCACUGAAGAAGUUACUCCCAUUCCAGAGGAAGAUGAAGGUAGCCAGAGUUUGGAUAUGCCAGAAAAGCAAAUGGAUCCAGUCCUUGAUGAAGCCACAGAAUUGACAGAACAGUCUAUUCUAUCUUUGGAUAAAAUACAGCUUAAUGAAAGCAUAAGCACUUCUGCUGAAGAGCAUGAUACAAAAGUUGAUAAAAUAGAAGAAGCAAAUAUCUGUAUUUCCUCUAAGCAGGAUGAAGAAAGCACCAUUUUUUCAGAUGAGCAGAUUGAAGAAUGCACCCCCGUGUUAGCAGAGAGGCAUGAUCCAUCAGAACUUAAAUCUGUCGUAGAAAGUAAUGGAGCUGACCCAGUUUCUGUUGUGGAGCACAUUAUUGAAGAUGCUGUUAUUGAGCUAGUUAAGGAAAGAUAUUUGUCUUCAGAUCAGGCUGAUAUAUAUGCCCAAGUAGACACAAAGGAACAUCCUACAGAUGCUGUUUUGCUUGAAGUGAACAGAGAAGAAACAAGUGUUGGUUCAGUAGAAGUACAAGAUAGUGAAACUAUCCUUAUUUUAGAUGAAAGCCAAGCUGAUAAAAUAGUUGAUACUGCACAGAAACAGUCUGAAAGUAUUCUUGUUUUGUCUGAAGAGAAGGUUGAAGAAUGUGCUAUAAUGUCAGAAGAUCACAAGACUGCCUCAGUUCAUCCAAAAUGCCAAUUCGAAGAAGUCACAUCUGUUUCAACAGAAGAUGAUGCUCUCCCUGUAAAAGAGCAGGUCGACAACUCAAUUUCUGCUGUGAAGCUUGUAGAUGUUGCAGCUGAGCAGACUGUUGAAAAAAGUAUUCCAACUUUGGAACAGCUAAAAGAAUUGAGCGAAGAGCAAUCUAGUUCUAUUAGUGUCUCUACUGUUCAUGAAGAGCAAGUUAAAGAAGCUGCUCUCAUAUCAGAUGAGCAAGAAACCAUAGAACAUCCACAUGCUUCAGAGGACAUAGAAACUAAAGAAGGUGCAGCUGAGGAGCAGGUUGAAGAAAAGUCACUCAUCUAUGAGGAAGUUACAGAAAGUGCCCAGGUUGAAGAAUGUUCUCUGGUUUUUGCAGAGACACAGACGAAAGAAAGUGUCUCUAUUUUGGAAGAGGAGCUGGCUAGAAAAAGUGACCCAGUGAAGCCACUGGAGCAGUCAGGUAUCACCCUUGCUACUGUGGAAGACACCACAGAAAGUGCUAUUUUUGCUGAUAAGGAGGAGACUGCAAAAAGUGUCAAAAUUGGUACAUCUGCAAAGGCUGCUCUUAAUGCUCUAUUUGAGAAUGACAAGCAUUCUUUAGAGGACGUAUCCAGUGAAGUUGAAAAGCAAGUUUCGGAAUGUUCAGCAGUUAUCUUUGAUGAACAGGCUGUAGAAGCUGCACAGUCCACAGAGAAAGAACAAGUUGCAAAAAGUCCCACACCUGUUGCAACAGCAUUAACUGAAGAAAUUGCUUCUUUAGUUGAAGAGGCUGUGAAGGAAGAAAAAAAUGCAGAAUAUCCACACAGUGAGACACAGAUUUCAGAGAUUCCCUCAAGUCUGCCUAUAGAUCAGACCAAGGAAGUUACCACUCCAGCUGAGAAAUAUGAUACAGAAAUCAUACUUGAUGAAACUGAAAAGCAGGCUAUGGAAAGUGUUUCUGUCUUAUCUGGAGAACAGGAAGUAGAAAAUUUUAACACUAUUGUCGAAGAGGAAGUUUCAAAAAGUGCCUUUAUUGCAGGUGUGGAGCAAACUGCAGAAAGUUGGACAACUGCAAGUGAGGAGCAAACUAGAGAAUGUACCACCACUGCAGAUGAUGUGCAGGCUGUAGAAUGCAAUGCCAUAACUGUUGAUGAACCAAGUGAAGAAAAGCCUUCUGCUACAUCUCUGGAGCAUUCUGCUGAAACUGUCUCUGUCUCUUUAGAAUGUCCAAUCACUGCAAAAGAGGUACAAGCAGAGAUUGCCAUCCUAGUUGCUGAUGAACAGGUUGCAGAAGGAGUCCUCAUUGCUGUUGAGGAGCAUACUACAGAAAGUGUUGGGAAUGUUGCUGGGGAGAAGACUGAAGAAAGUGAUAUGACUUUGCCAAAGGAAUCUGAAGAAAUUGUUGCAUUUGAGGAUUAUGAUGCAGAAAGUGCACCCAGUUUGGCUGAGGAUCAGGCUGGAGAAAGUGCCCUCACAACUGCUGAGGAACAAGCUGAAAGUGUCUGUGCAGCACUGGGGCAGGAAAAUGAAACUGCCAUCUCUGAUUCUGAGGUACAGAUUGCAGCUGCAGUAGCCGAGGAACAGGCUACAGCGCGUGUCACCCUUUCAGAUGAUGAGCAAAGUGCAGAAGGUGUCACCCCUGCUGCAGAACUGCAGAUUGCAACAGGUAUCACCCUUGCUACUGUGAAAGACACCACAGAAAGUGCUAUUUUUGCUGAUGAGGAGGAGACUGCAAAAAGUGUCAUCAGUGUAGCUGAGGAAAGUAUCUCUACUGCAGUUGAGGAAAGUUCCACUGUGGCUAUAGAACAAGCUUCUGAAAGUGUAUCAGCUGUUGCUGUGGAGCAUAUUAAGGAUAUUAUUAUUACUGCUGAUGCUGAAGAGCAGAUUGAAGAAAAUGCAAGUGCUGGGGAGCAGUCUGCAGAAGUUACUGCCACUCUGGUUGAAGAAACAGCUACAGAAAAUGCUUCUGCUGCAUUACUGGAGGAGGCCACAGAAAGUGCCUCUAUUGUUGAUAGCGAACCAAAUGUAGAAAAUGCCAUUAGUACUGAUGAGGACCUGGCUACAGACAUUGCCACACCAGCUAUUGAGGUGCAAGUUUCACAAGAUGUUAUUACUGGUUCUGAGGAGCAAACGGAACAAAGUGCUGUCUCUUUUACUGAGGCACUGACUGCAGAAAGUGUUACAACUUUAGCUGAGGAAACAUCUACAGAAUCUACUGCUGCUCCAAUUGAGGAGCAGGCUGACACAAGUCUAACUGGUGUUGUCGAUAAGCAAGCUGAAGAUAAUGCCACUACUCAUACAGAAGAGCAGGUAGUAGAAAUCACUGCCAAUAUAACUAAGGAAUUAUCUGGAGAAAGUACCCUUACUGAAGUUGAAGUACAGGUUAUAGAAAGUGCCUCUGUUAAAACUGAAGAGCAGUCUUCAGAUGUGGAGCAAAGAGUGGAAAAUGACUCAGCGCCUGCACCUGAAAAUGAUGUCUAUACUGCACCUGUUGUAACUGAGAAAGUAGCAACUGUCUUAGCUGAAGAAAAUACAGAUGAAAGUAACAACGUGUUGACUUUUAAUGCUGAUGUGGAUGCCCCAUGUUCAGUAGAUCUGAAUGAUGUAGAUCAGCAAGAGAAAAAUUUUGCUAUGACUGUGGAAAAGACCCCGGAAGAAAUGGUUGAUGGAAUAGAUCUUCUAGCAAACGAAGUCCCCCAAAUUGUUAAUGAAACCAUCCCUGUGGUUGCAGAGGAGCAAAGCAUGGAAAAGGUGCCGGUAAACAUAUCAGAGGAAUUAACCCUAGACUCUGUUGUUUUGGGAGGGAACCUUGAAUCUACUGCACUUCAAGUGCCAGAGGAGGAAGUGUCCGUGUGCAAACAAGAGACUGUGCCAGAACCAACCAUCUAUUCAAUGCCUGUUGAAGAACAAUCUGCUACUCUUCCUGAGGACACUGUGACCGAGGUCACAAAUAUUCCCGAGUUUGAAAGUUCUGAGGCUAUCAAAGCAUGUGAGACAGUUACUACUGCAGCUGUACAAGAGCAGAUCUUAGCAGAGACUGUUAUGUCUAUUGAGACAUCAGCAGAUACCACAGAAGCUUGUGAAACAGCAAAUGAUGCAGAUAACCUUAAUGAGACCUCUGGGGCUCUACAUACAGUUGUUACAGUUGUACAGUCUGUAUCUCAAAAAGCAGCAGCUAUUGUUGAUGCAGCAAUUGAAGCAGCCGCAAGCAGUUUAGUUGUAGAGGCUGCUGCCAAUGAAAAUACUUUAGAGGAAAAUAUACCAGAAAAUGGUGUUUUCGUUCAUGAAGCCGUCUCUGUUUGCACACAAACAAAUGCUAAUGAAGACAACCUUUUCCAAACCACCAUUAUCAGUACUGUCUCAGUACAAACGAUUACUGAAACAUCAGUGGAAAAGACUGAAGAAAUUGUUCAGGAGAUUCACACUGGGGAUAGUGUAGAACACAAGCAUAGCUUACUGGUUGAUGAGACUGUACCUGUUUCUGCUCAGUUUACAGAAGAAGUAGUGAGGGCUGAGAAGAGCCAGGAUAUGCAGGAAACAUCUGAACCCGUUACUGUAGCCAUUUCUACUGGAUUACAUGAUGGCUGUGUCUUGCAAGAAGAGGAUAAAGAAACUACACCUGUACACGUGCAUGAGAAAUCCUUAAAACCUGCAGACAGUGAGUGUACAGAGCAAGUGACUGUGCAGAUUACGCAUACAGAAAGUGAAUCCAGCAUGUCCAUCAACAAACCAGUAGAAGAAGAAAUUGUCUCUCAGGACCAUGCAGAGUUGAAUACACAAGCAGACUCACAAACUGUGGAAUCCUGAGACAAAAGGCAAGCUCUCAACACAUCAAGUUACAUUGAACCUGAAAGCUGCUUGUGUUGCCAUUAACACAGAACAUGUAACUAGAUUAAGGCGUCUUCCAAAGAUACUGGAUUAUAAGAACACCAUCCAUCUGACCUCCUCUUGGAAUGGAAUGUACAUUGUUAGACAAUCCUGAGGUGUCAUCAGGAGCUUCAGACAGAACUGUCCUUUACUCCUAAAUAAAAUUCUCAUUUGAUGGCCAAAAUGUAAGGAGCGAUCAGAAGGAUAAUCAGUAGCCAUUCAAGGCAUUUCAGAAGUUUGUUGGGUGUCAAAAACCUGAAAGGGUCCAAAUGAUUAGUGCACCAUUGUAAAUGGGUGGAUUAUUCCAUUAUUAUGAGACUUCCAAAACUGGAGUGGGGAUAGAUAUGUAUUUAUGUGUAUAUCUCAUUUUAUUGUAUAUUUUCUUUUCAGUUAUAUAUAUAUAAAUAUAUUAAAGAGGAAGAAAACAGCAAGCAAACAGAUAGUUAAUGCUGUUAGCACAGUCUAUAGGCAUGACUUUUGUAUUGUCCUUAGAACACCUCUGUUUAUUAUUAUUUACUUUGUUUAUUAUUAGCACAAAUAAAAUACCAUUGAACUUUAUUUGCAUAAAGAAAAUGUUUGCUGUUUUUCUUCCUUCAUUAACAACAUUUCUGUAGAAGUUAUUGUUUACUAUGACAUUUAAAUUAUUACCCACAAUUACUAUGAAUAAUACACCUAUAUUAUGUGCACUAUAAAGUUUAUUAAGACACCUGC